CAGGAAUUCGUUGCUCUGGAUGGACUGGAUAGUUUGCUGGAUUCCCUUGGUCACAUGAUUGGCCCAAAAUUUUGUGGUUUCUCAGAUGCAAUUUUACAAAUUGAUUGCCUUUCAUGUAUCAGGGCUGUGCUUAACUCUCGGGUCGGGAUGGAUACACUUGUCAACAGUCAAGACUGCAUAUUUAAACUUCUCAAAGGUUAACAAUGAAAAUAACCAGAUGUGAAGCAUUUUAAUCAGUUGAUAAUCUAGUUGUUGGUAAUUAAUAAAGUAUUUUUGGACUGACACUACAAUAUAAUUUGCUUUAGUAAUUUCUAAAUAAUUUGUGUAUUUCAACGUAUGGUAAAAUUUACGUUAUUAUUUUUUAGGUGUUGAUCUGGCCAACACUUUGCCACGCAAACAUGUGCUGGAAAUUUUGUCUGCUGUUUGUGUCUACAACAAAUUGGCUCACAGACGAUUGCUGGAUGCUUUAGAUAAAUAUAGAGUAAAGUUUUUCUACAUCUUUUGUCACAUAUUUUUAAAAAUCUUAAAUGACUCCAUGAUUUGUAAUGCAUUUUUCUACCUAAUUAAUUUCUCUGAGUGCAACUUGGAAAGAAGAAAAAAUUGUGUUUUUUGCAGUAAAGUCUACUAGUUAUCAAGCUCUUUAGUCAGAAUUCUCUAAAUUUGGCAAAUUAUUUGCUUAUUUUAUUUACAUUAAUUUAUAAACUGACUUUUAUGGUACUAUUUCAAUUUUUUUCUAUUAUUUGUAGAACUAAUACAUUUUAUCACUUCCUAACUCAAAUGCAAGUUUUGGAUGAAAACUCAUAAUUUCUAACUUUUGGCAAAGUGUAACUGUAUUGUUUUAUCUACAGCAAACGAAGCACUUGUUCCAUCGUUUUAGUUUUGUUGUUAAUGAGCUGAAACUGGCAGAAACCAUACCCCACAAAACAUCAGUGCUAACUUUUAUAAAUGCAAUCAUAUGCUCCACCAGUGACCGAACCCAAAGAUGUCGGAUACGUAAUGAAUUUAUUGGUAAGCUUUGCUAAUUUCUUUCUUACAUAAGUGCUCAUUAUUUAAUGUCAAUUUAAUUUUUUUGUGUUUGAUGGUAUUAACAUGAAGUGUAAAUUCAAAAAUAUAAAUAAUUUUUCACAGUUAAGAUAUAUUGUAACCAGAUGUGUGUUUUUUGUUUACUUUUUAAGACGUAAUGAAAGAAAGCAACUGGAUGAGGCUUUGUUAGGUUAGGAAAAAAAAUUACAAUGAAAUAUUCACCUUCACAGGUUUAACACUACUGGACGUCUUGUCCUUUCUCCAGAGGGAAGACACAGAUGAAGACCUUUACACACAAUUGCAGGUAAGAAUUUUUAAUUUGAAAUAAACCUCAGCAGUUUUUAAAUCUCAUUAAUAAUAAUAGUAAUAAAUUCACUGUUAAAAUAUUUGUUGAAUUCCAUUUCUAUAUCAGGUUUUUACAGAUAAAAAACAUGAAGAUGAAAUGUUCAUUGACUUAAACUCCAACUUGGAUUUGAGUGAUCCACAUGAUUUAGCUGAUUCCAUUCAGACCAGGGUAAGUCUUUUAACCACAUUUUUCCAUAUUAAAUUCAGAUAUAUUUUGAUUAUCUACUUAUUACUUAUCCCAUAUUUUAAUUGUUUAUUCUUCUUACAGUGGAUCUGGAUAAGGGGGAAGCAUUAUUGUCAACCUCUGGUUAAUUUAUGAAAUACAUCAUUAUCUCAUGCUCCUUAAGCUUUAAACAAUUUAAUUUAAAAUAUGUUUUGUCACUCUGCCUGGAAUCCACAGCUGGAAUCAAUACACACUUUAAAAAAAAUAUAUUUAGUUCUUUCUACUGUAAUGACAUUGCUACUUUAUGGAGACUAUCUAGACGAAUUGUUCAUUGUUUGUCUUUUAAAAAAAAAAAAAAAAAUUUAUUCCAGGUAUUUGGAGGUCCUAAGAUGGUGUCUUUUGUGAAUAUACUACAAGAUCUACUUGCCAUUGAACUACAGAAGGAAAAAAGGUAGUUAAGAUAUUUUUUUGUUCUUAUACAAUGUGUAUCGGAAAUUUUUGGGAGAUCCUACCUUUAUUAUUAAAAUCCAAUGUAUUGAAAUGUGAAGUUUAUUAUGAAUAUUUGAUAGUAAUAUUUUUGUUAUUUCAGUGAAAAUUUAUGGCAAUUGCUGGAAAGGCACACACAUCACUUAGUUCAUGGAACAUUGGAUGUCGACAGCCUUUCAGAAAUGGAUACUCAUGCUACAUGUCAGGCCGUCACGGCUGCCACAGAACUGAUGACAACUUGUCCCAGACCACCGUCAAGCAACAGUUGUGAGUCAAAACAAAACAGAACUGUGUCUGGUGCCAAGAAAGAAGGCGCAGGGAUGAAGACGUCUGCUGAUUCAGGUUACCUGGGGUGUGAAGAUAAACUCAGCCCCCCCAGCUACAAUGCUGAUGGGGGUACCACUUUUAACUACCGAACAGUUAGUCCAAGCUGUAACAGGACUGGCAAACAGCAAGUUUCCAGUAUCAAAAGGGACAGAGCAAGUAGCCAAAGUAAUGUCAGGAGGAACCUGGGUCAGAUGAGUAUGUAUGACAACAUGUCGCCCUUCAAACUUCCACAGAGGCAGUCUGGUGUAUCUCCCUACAUUAAAAAAAACAGCAGAAAUUUGAACUCUACUGCUGUUCAAGAUGCGAGGCCGGACACCAAGCAGACGCUGAUUGGUAAAAGAAUACCCAGCAAGACCAACCUUCAAACAGAGGAUGACCCCAGUCCGGUGGAGCAGUCCAAUCCAUCUCAAGUCCAUCCAAAUUAUCUGAUGUAUCAGCGUAAUAAGAUGGCUUAUCCAGCUAACAGCAUGAAGAAUGUCAAGUGGAUUAAGCUGGAUGAGUCAGUAAUCAGUAAGUGUUUUGUGGUGGGCAACAGAGCAUUAGCCACUCUGUCAAAAGUCCUUGGUUGGAGAAAUUGAUAAAUUGGACAAUUUAGGGCACCACUUAAAAAUUAAUAUUCUAAUUUUCAUCCCCACAGUCCUCGAAUUUGUUUAUAAAGUGAACAGAAACAAGCUUUCAAAAUUUUGAUUUGUUCUAAUAAUAGUUACCGGUAGCUGACAAAGUUUUGCAAUAUAUGAUUUUUUCCUGUAUUAUUGUAUGAUGUCAAUGUUACCAUCACAUGUCAUAAUAUACUGUAACAUUCCUUAAAAAAUACUAAAACAGAAGACAUGUCCUGUAGCUGUUAACAGUUACUUCAGAAGUUAAUUAUAAACAUUUUUGCACAAAAUCAGUUUCACUCAAACAGUACCGGUAACUUAGAAUGUUACAAUGUCAAUUUUAUUUGUCUUAUUUGUCUGCGAGUGUAAAUGUUGCUGCAGGAAAGGCAGACUUGUUGAAUUUUUGAAAGUCAUGUCAGUGCUUUUCUAUGACUUGGAGCAAGUACUGUUGCUGCUCGUGAUAAUUUCUCAGGACUUGAUUAAUGCCUGAAUCAAGACGCCCCUGCUCCACUGAAAAUUCUCACCCUGUGUUGGCCAACAAUGUAGUCAUGUUGUCACUGCUCCAUGUAUCUAAAUUGCGGAUAAGAUUGCCAUCUUGCUUUAUGAUCCGUAAUAUAAUAAACAAUAUAAUGGUUUAAUGUUGUAAAUGAAUAAUUGCUCAAUGUUAAUUUAAAAACUUUUUAUUGCAAAAAUAUACACAUGAACACAUUUCACACCAUUGAGCUACCAGUAAAUAUUAAAAUAUAUAAAUGAAACUUGGCCUAUGUUACUAUGCAUCACAAAGGGGAAAAAAUAAGGGGGUGGCACCUUAGCGAACACAUAUAAAUAAAUUUCAAUGUUGCCAUUUUACUUAUUUUAUCAAGAACUUGCUUCCAUUGCCAAAACUACCACCCACUUAAAAUUAACUCCACAUAACUACCCAGUUAUUGAUCAUUGAUAAUAAAAUCUAUAAAUUUUGAAAAGGAAAAUUUUACAUUUUUUCUCUAUUCAACUAUAUUGUUCAUUAAUCCAUUAAUAACAAUAUUUUUUUCCUAGUUGGAAAUAUUAGUUUUGGAAUACCAGAAGUUUAAGUAUUAGUUGCGCUUAAUUGCCCUGCUCUUAUCAAAUAUAUAUAUUAACAUAUAAAACAAUGUUGUAUUCAUUUUAGUCCUGUCAAAGAUAAUUCAGUUACUAGUUUAAAUUUAAUUUAUAAAGACACCAAUCAUAUUUUAGUGGUGCAUUUGAUGGUAUUAUUAUUAAUUACUUUUUACAAUGUUUAUUUAACUAGAUAUAUUUCAAAAUUCUUUGUGGGCAAACUGUGAUGCAUCAAAGUCAAAGAUCCAGCCUGAUUUUCAACAAGUUGAGGAAAUGUUCAGGGAAAAAUACUCUAGGAUUGAUGACUCAGAGGUAACUUUCCCAUUUGUAAAAUAACAUUGGGGUGCAUGUUUACAUUUCUUUUAAGGACUGAACUAACCGUUCCAGGUUAAAUAUUGGAAGUUUCAUUCAAAGCAUUUGUUAAAAAAUAAGUAGACCAUGUGAUUUUGCUUCACUGUUCUGCAGACCCCAUUACUAAGUAACAGAACAAGAAUAAGUCUGAACCUCUUUUUAAACCGUUUGGAUGAAGAACCCUGCGCCCUUGUGAAGCGGCUUCUCUGUGUUGAUGGGCCUGGUCUCCCCCUGCCUUCUAUCAAACAUUUGGUGGAUAUUUUACCUGAGCAUGAUGAGGUAGGAUUUUAAAAAAUUAUGGUGAUAUUUUUUAGGUGUUGAAUCUGUUAAAUUAAAACCCUCAUGUCAUCCCUUUGAUCCGAUGAAUUUCAUAAAAGUUGGCUCCUGGUUACAGAGAUUUUAGGAGCAGUGCCCGCUUUGAAUUUAUAAAUAAUACAAAUACUCAGUAAGGAUUUAUUUUCUUAUAGCGUAAAUAAAUUAAAAUCCUUUCUUUGUUCGUUUUUUUAAAAUAUAUAUAAAUAAUUAUAAAUUGUUGCGUUUUGGAAAUUUGUUAUGAAAUCUUUUUUCCAGAUUAAACAUUUAAAGUAUUAUGAUGGAAAUCCUCUGAGUUUGGGACAAGCUGAACAAUUUGUUUUGCACCUGAGUGACCUCCCCGACUACAGAAUUUUACUGGCAGGUCAUCUGAGAAAGGCUGAAUUCUCAGUGACAGCUCCACAACUGGGUGCUGUGUUGUCCAGCAUGUUGGAGUCAUCCAGGAUCAUCCUGGGAAAUGAUGGCUUGAAAGAGAUCUUUAUUCUUAUUCUCAGACUUGGAAAUUUCCUCAAUCAUGUGUGUUAAUUUAUUUUCAUCAUAAUUAUUUAUUUUUUUAGUGUUUGGGCCUGGAUAUGUUAAUAAUCCUAAAUUAGUGUUACAUAUGAUAAUUUCUUAAUAAGGCAUAUGAUUGUUUUAUUUAUUAUUCAGAAAAUCAAAUGACAACAUAAUUUGUAUUUAAAUCAUUUUCUUGACAAGAUUAAUAAUUUUCUAGAAACAUUUCACAAAAUUUCUCUAAUAUUUAUGUAAGAAAAGGAUGGGGAAAUUAGAAAUUAAUAAAUGUUUUGUUUUUUUCCCUAGGGUCAGUUCAAUGGAUAUGCUAGUGGAUACAAG